UAAAAUGCUAGAAGGAAAAGCAACUGAAGUCUUAACUUUCAGAAGCUGAAUUCCCGGCUAAUUGAAAUUACUGGACACAAUGCUAUAUAUAGCCAAUGAAGAGAUUUGGAGCUUUCACUCAGUGCCUUCAAGACAUGUCGUUGUGUAGUCAGAGAAAACAGAGAUCAAUGCAUUUUCAAACUGACAGAGGGAACGGAUGCUCCUUAGUAGCACAUGCCCAGGAUCCUGUGUGUGGGGCUUGCGCUGUGCUGAAAAGCUGAACACCGGUCCAUAUGCUCCUUAUUUACUGCGAUGUUCUUUGCAUGCUACUGUGCACUCCGGACUAAUGUGAAGAAGUAUCGAUAUCAAGAUGAGGAUGCCCCACAUGAUCAUUCCUUACCUCGACUGACACAUGAAGUAAGGGGCCCUGAACUCGUGCACGUGUCAGAAAAGAACCUGUCCCAGAUUGAGAAUGUCCACGGCUACGUCCUGCAGUCGCACAUCUCUCCGCUGAAGGCCAGCCCUGCUCCUAUAAUUGUCAACACAGAUACACUGGACACAAUUCCUUAUGUCAAUGGAACAGAAAUUGAAUAUGAAUUUGAAGAAAUUACAUUGGAGAGGGGCAAUUCCGGCCUGGGAUUCAGUAUUGCUGGAGGGACAGAUAAUCCCCACAUUGGAGAUGACCCUGGCAUAUUUAUUACAAAGAUUAUACCAGGAGGUGCAGCAGCUGAGGAUGGCAGACUCAGGGUCAAUGACUGUAUCCUACGGGUGAAUGAAGUGGACGUGUCAGAGGUUUCCCACAGUAAAGCCGUGGAAGCCCUCAAGGAGGCAGGCUCUAUCGUUCGACUGUAUGUACGCAGAAGGCGACCCAUCUUGGAGACAGUAGUGGAAAUCAAACUGUUCAAAGGGCCUAAAGGCUUAGGAUUCAGUAUUGCAGGAGGUGUGGGGAACCAACAUAUUCCUGGAGACAACAGCAUUUAUGUAACUAAAAUUAUAGAUGGCGGAGCUGCACAAAAAGAUGGAAGGUUGCAAGUAGGAGAUAGACUACUAAUGGUAAACAACUAUAGUUUAGAAGAAGUAACACAUGAAGAGGCGGUAGCAAUAUUAAAGAACACAUCAGAUGUUGUUUAUCUAAAAGUUGGCAAACCCACCACCAUUUACAUGACUGAUCCUUAUGGCCCACCUGAUAUUACUCACUCUUAUUCUCCGCCAAUGGAAAAUCAUCUACUUGGCAACAAUGGCACUUUAGAAUACAAAACCUCCUUACCACCCAUCUCUCCUGGAAGAUACUCACCAAUUCCAAAGCACAUGCUUGUUGAAGAUGAUUAUACCAGGGAGGCUGAGUCCAGGGUCUGUGGUCUGAGCAACAGCAGAAUGGAGCUGUCGUUACUCAGGAGGGAGCGGCUAUGGAAGGACAGGCCACCGGAACCUGUUUACAGCACUGUGAACAAACUGUGUGAUAAGCCUGCUUCUCCCAGGCACUAUUCCCCUGUUGAGUGUGACAAAAGCUUCCUUCUCUCAUCUCCCUAUCCCCACUACCACCUAGGCCUGCUCCCUGACUCUGAGAUGACCAGUCAUUCCCAACACAGCACUGCAACACGCCAGCCCUCAGUGACACUGCAAAGGGCCAUCUCCCUGGAAGGAGAGCCCCGCAAGGUGGUCCUGCAUAAAGGCUCCACUGGCCUGGGCUUCAACAUCGUGGGAGGCGAAGACGGAGAAGGCAUUUUUGUAUCAUUCAUUCUGGCAGGUGGACCAGCAGAUCUGAGUGGGGAACUUCAGAGAGGAGACCAGAUUCUAUCUGUGAACGGUAUUGAUCUUCGUGGAGCAUCACAUGAGCAAGCUGCUGCCGCGCUAAAGGGAGCUGGACACACGGUGACGAUUAUAGCACAAUAUCAACCCGAAGAUUACGCUCGAUUUGAGGCCAAAAUCCAUGACCUACGAGAGCAGAUGAUGAAUCACAGCAUGAGCUCUGGGUCUGGAUCUCUGCGAACCAAUCAGAAACGCUCCCUCUAUGUCAGAGCCAUGUUUGACUAUGACAAGAGCAAGGACAGUGGGUUGCCAAGUCAAGGACUGAGUUUCAAAUAUGGGGAUAUUCUUCACGUUAUCAAUGCCUCUGAUGAUGAAUGGUGGCAAGCCAGAAGAGUCAUGCUGGAUGGAGACAGUGAGGAGAUGGGCGUCAUUCCCAGCAAGCGGAGAGUGGAAAGAAAGGAACGUGCCCGAUUGAAGACAGUGAAGUUCAAUGCAAAACCUGGAGUGAUUGAUUCAAAAGGGGACAUCCCCGGAUUAGGUGACGACGGUUAUGGAACAAAGACUCUGAAACAUGUUUCUUCUAAUGCCAGCGAUAGUGAAAGUAGCUACAGAGGGCAAGAAGACUUCAUUCUUUCUUAUGAACCUGUCACCAGGCAGGAAAUAACCUAUACCAGGCCAGUUAUUAUCCUGGGACCCAUGAAGGAUCGGAUCAAUGAUGACCUGAUAUCUGAAUUCCCUGACAAAUUUGGUUCCUGUGUGCCUCAUACGACGAGGCCAAAGCGUGACUAUGAAGUAGAUGGCAGAGACUAUCACUUUGUCAUUUCCAGAGAACAAAUGGAGAAAGAUAUCCAAGAGCACAAGUUUAUAGAAGCAGGCCAGUACAACGACAACUUAUAUGGAACCAGUGUGCAGUCUGUGAGAUUUGUCGCAGAAAGGGGAAAACAUUGUAUACUUGAUGUAUCAGGAAAUGCUAUUAAGCGGUUACAAGUUGCACAGCUCUAUCCAAUUGCCAUUUUCAUUAAGCCCAGGUCCCUGGAACCACUGAUGGAAAUGAAUAAGCGUCUAACAGAGGAGCAAGCCAAGAAAACUUAUGAUCGCGCCAUUAAGCUAGAACAAGAAUUUGGAGAAUAUUUUACAGCUAUUGUCCAAGGAGACAGCUUAGAAGAUAUAUAUAACCAGUGCAAGCUUGUAAUUGAAGAGCAAUCUGGGCCUUUCAUCUGGAUUCCCUCAAAGGAAAAGUUAUAAAUUAGUUACUGCACCUCUGACAACAACAGAAGAGCAUUUAGAAGAACAAAAUAUAUAUAAUAUACUACUUGGAGGCUUUUAUGUUUUUGUUGCAUUUAUGUUUUUGCAGUCAAUGUGAAUUCUUAUGAAUGUACAACACAAACUGUGUGAAGCCAUGAAGGAAACAGAGGGGCCAAAGGGUGGGACAGAAAAGACAUUGCAGAUUUCAAGAAAGCUUUGGUUUGCUCAAAGUAUCAAGUGUAGGGAUGAACCUUUCAUGGGCCUCUGCCCAGGAGAUGAACAGCCUCCUCACCCAGUAGUCCAGAGCUGACUUAGCUGCUGAGCUCUCUGUGUUGUUUGCUUUAAAGAAAAGUUGCCAGCACUUGAACUUCACCAACCUUACCAUUAUCACAUCUGUAAUUGGUACCCUUCGAAUUUUAUAACUAUGCACAUCCUUUGAUUUCUUAACAAGCAAAAGAAGGAAAGAAGGAAAAAGGGAAAGGAAUCCCUUUGGAGAUGGCAAAAUCAGGGAAGGAUAAAUGUGUAGUUUCCGUGGCUGGCAUCUGCAAAACAAGCAUUUCAUAGAAUUUGCCAGUUUAUGGAGGACUGACCUUGGAGGAGUUUAAACUCAAUCUGGGGUUAGCAUUUUGAUUGUUUAUUGUCUAUUUUGCCAUUUAUAAACUGAAAGAAGGCAUUAAACACAAGAAUAAUUUAUACAAUAAAAAUAUAUUAAAUGUAUAGAAAUGAAUUUCUAUAGGUAAAACAAAGUUUUGUGAAAUAUUUUGUAAUGAUUAAUUAAUUGAAAGACAAAAUGUAUGCACUAUCAGCAGAUGAUCAAAUUCUAGAACUGAAAGUUGCACUCCCCCUUUUGUGGCCAAUGAUCCAUUAAGUACCUCUGAAUUCCUUCUAAAAAGUCUGAUAAAGACUUCUCCCUCUCUCACCUUCCAUAUUAGUGAUACACUCUCAUGGAGCACACCUCCUAAUGAGUUUUCCUCAUCGAUAUUUUUGGAAACCAUUUGGGUAGUGCAUUUUUAAGCUGAUGGCCUUCAAGAACAAACUCAUGCAAAUUACCUAAUGGGAAGUUUUGCUUUUCUCUUAUUAACCAACCUGAAUCUGCCAUGCAAAUAGUAGAAUAACUUGGUUACUUGCAUAAAAAUCUUAAAAAGAUAAUUUAGUAUUUUGUCAAACUAGAAGUAAUUAGAAUUUUUUGGCCUGUCUCACAAAUAAAUAGGACUUUUGUAACAGCCAGAGAUGGUCAAAAACCAUGGAGAUAUCUAUCCAAGAUGCACUAUUUUUUUGAGGAAGAGAGAGAGAGAAAGAAAUAUCUGUAGGAAGGUGAGGGGUGCAGGCUUUUGUUUCUCUGUACAGGACAAAGUGCUAGAACCACAAGAAAAUGCAAUGACUUUGAGCUCAACCAAUUGAACUACCUUUCUUGGGGGCUGCACCUGGAACAAGUUUAUUUUUUAGAAUUAUAAUAAUGAUUUUUUUUAAAAAAAGAAACCUCCCAACGCCUAUAUAAAUUAAGAGUUGAUGAUGUCAGUAUUACUUGUGCCCAUGGUGUUUAGAGAGAGACUUUUAAUAACCACUCAACUCUGGGUUCUACACAUGCCCAGACCAAGCCCCGUCGCCUUAUUUCCGGGGUACAUGCAGACCUGGCAGGGAUUCUGCCACACUGUGCAGCAAACCAGCAUAGAGGCUGGAUGAGAACAGGAGAGUCAUCAGCAAUGAUGGGGCUUCUUCACAGUAAGAACAGUGGAGCUCAGAAUGAGGGUCUCUUUCUGAAAUCAACCAUUGAUUUUACACUAAAUACCAUUGUCUGCCUGGCUGCAGUCACCAACACAAACACAAGAGUACAAAAUUACCCAUCUACCGAUAGUCUGAGGCUGCCUUUGCCACUGGAAGGGCUAGCAAAGCAUUUUGCCACUAAUGCAAGUUAAAUUUCCAGAAACUUCCUUAGAGUACUCAAAACAGCAAAGCUGUGUCCUUAUCAGUAAUCCACCAGUUUCAGGUCAAGUUCUACUUCCAUCAUAUUGCUCCCAAAGUUUUCUGCCACCAGAAUGCCAUUCCUGAUCCCAGCUCUCUUUCUAGGCCACCAUGAUAACUUCUUUGGUUUCUUAAUUGAGCAUGCAAUCGUUUAUUUAAAGGACUGUCAUUAAUGAGUAGAUGUUAUUUUGCGGGUCAUGUGAUGUGCUUUCCAUUUAAUAUUAAGUAUUGCUGUGGCUGAGUUGAGUACAAUCAAAUUGAACCACCAUCCCUUGGUUUUGUAGUAAUAUAAUAAUUUAUUUUCCUAGUGUAGAUGCUUCCAAAUUAGAAUUGGCAUUUGCACUGAUUUUUUAUGUAGAUUUCUAUACAUAUAUAUACACAUAUAUUUGCUUGAAGAAUCACCAAGCUCAUUGGUGAGAAGGUCUUUUACUAUAGAAUUUACACCUCCGUUUGCUGUGUUGUCUUGCAUUUCCCAAUGUUGAGGUCUCUAGGGCUCCAAUGAAUUGUUGUAGCUCACAGAAAAUCUGACCACUUGGAUGGAAAUGGCAUGAAUAUUACCCAGAUUACAUCUGGUGCAAAUGCACUUGGAGCCUGGGACCAGACUGGUGCUAACACCGCAAACUUUGUCCAGAGCUCUCUCCAAUUUGAAGGGUUGCUGGGGGCGCAACGUCACUUUUACAUGCUGGGCCCUUUCAGAAAAGUGCCAGAUCGUGUCACUGGUGCUAUUUGUCAUGCUCUGGUACAAUGUGUAGCACCAUGGGGGUCUCAGCUUUACCAAAAUCAAAAUCCCAUUUGUCAGCUACUUGUAGGGGCAUUGGCAUUUGGCUUUCCUCCCUGGGAUUUGUGGGCCUUUCCUCCCAGGCUCCAAAUCUUGGCUCAGUCUGUUGUGUGAGCCCAUCUUCCCAAAGCUGCACUCAGGUGCUCUGUGAACUGUCUGUGAACCUACGGCCAGCCCUUCAGGACCUUCUCUGAUUUUUCUUUCUCUUCUCUCUGCCUUCCCCUUUCAUUGCUGUCUCAUUCCAUCUUCCUCUUUUUGAACCUUUCCUCGGAUCCUUCUUUCAUGGCUUCGCUAAGUCAUUGACCUUCUACAAUCCUUUAUUCUCUCAUUCUUCAAUUCCCCUAUCCAUCUCCCAUUCAUCUCAGUCUCUUUCCUCUUCCUCUUUCCCUUCCUUUUUUGUCCAUCAUCUCUCCAUAUCUCUAAGCGUCUCUCCAACCCCCACAUGCCCUCAUGCCCUCAUGUUGCGGUCCUGUGUGGGCUCCUGGCUGACUCAGACAGCAAGUCCAUCUGUUGGACUGAUGACACAAAUACUUUGAGUCAUCAUUUCACCUAUGCAGCCCAGAAAGCCAAGCUGAGAGUGAGGGCCCGCUCUGGAGCAGCUCCAGCGCCCUCAUAGAGCCAGCCUGCACCGCUGCCUAGCAGCGACGAUGCAUGCUCUGGGCAGGCAACACCUGGGUGCCUCUGCCUGAAGCCGGUCCUGAGAGCACCAUCUGGCACCAUGGCCUGGCUCUAAGGACGCUUCCUUUCAAUAAAGGCAGACUCUGGCCCCAACAGUUACUCUGACAACAGAACCUCUCCUUUUUCAUGGAAGCCAUGCCACUGCCUUGGUUUGGAGAGAGACAUUUUCCACCUUCAUACCCUUUCUUUUUCCCAUUCUCAUGUGAAGCCCCUUCUGCUUUUCAGCUGGUGAUUGCUCUGGUGAGAUGGAGUGGACUUGCUGGUGAAAUGACAUCUUUUUUUCUGUCUUGGUCCUGCCUAAAUUCUUUCAAAAAAUCUUUAAGUCAAGGACUCAGGAUAGUUCCUAAAUUUAUCAUAGUGAUUUGUCAUUCCUAGGGAGGAAAAAAGGGACAUUUCCCUUAAAGCAUGUGGAGUACCUGCUGUGACAACUGAUUUAACAGAGGACUCCCUACAGAAUUCUGUGGCUAUACACUUCAGUUAUGUGUGGUAGAGAUAGCACAUCUGUUAUGUAUAUUCAUACUACAUCGGGUAUGAAUGAAUGGAUGUAAACCCACACAUAUUCCAGUCUGUAAAUAUCCUUCCUUGCAGAAAUCUGUGCUUCAGAAACCACUUCUUGUACAGCUGUGCAGUUUCUUAUGACAACUGAGGAUCAGCUAAGCCAGUAGACCAACCAGACAAAGAUCAGUGAAAAGGUAGAAACUAGAGAAUCUCCUUAGCAAUUCAUGAGAACAGAAAACCAAAUGGCCAAGUUGACUCCCAAUGGGAUGGAAAACUUUUCUUCCAUUCUUUUUGAAUUUGUGUUUCCCAAGUGUGUCUUAACUUCUGAGUGCACCAGGCUGUACCUGUUAGAACUUUUCAAUAUGACAAUUUUGUGCUUCUCUCUAACAGGAUGUUUCUCCAUUGAGCUGUAGUGCAGGAUGGUAGGGGGACACGCCUUGCAGGGGCUGGAGCUUACAGAGACACUGCACAGCUUACACUCCUGUUAAGUGUAAAUAUUCGACACUUCCAUUCCAUUUGUGUACAAAAUAAAGCACACAGAAUUAUAAAAUCAAGAUGUAUAUUUCA